AUGCCAUUUGCAAUCGUUGAAGCAUGUGAAGAAGAUGGAACGCAAGAACUGUGUGUGGUGCCCGAGGGAUGGAUUUUGGACACGCGCCACACGGAGACGAUCCUCCUAUGGCCAAAAUUUGUGGGACCAAAAAUGUAUAAACUGUUAAACGAUGGAGACAGUGUGGGUAACACAACAUGGCUGAAGAUGGAUUGUGUGGUGAAAAAGAUCGAUAUUCCUAACCAACUGGUGGCUUACGAGCAACUUUUGAAAAUGAAAGGAGUGUCCAUCGAGACACCCAAAAGUACACCGGUGCGUGUGCAAAAAUCUGAGUCACCCUGUCGGAUAGAGGAAGAUUUGCCUGAGUCUUCCAUUCAAAAUGACAUCAGCGAUAUACGCAAAGAUAAAGCAUCACCAGUUCCCGCUGCAUCGCUUACUGGAAGAGAACUAACAACAGCAUUGAAAUUGAAACAUGUGUCCGAGAUCGAUCUUAUAAACUUUCUCCGAAAGAUGGAAGGACAAAUUUUUGUGCUGGAAGUAUAUGUCCGUAAAGUAAACGAUAAACUCGUACGCUUAGAAUCUAUUGCACAGCUUGUGCUACAAAAGCACGGUAUCACUGCUGUAGAAACAAUACAGCACCGCUCUCCAAUGAUAAACGAUUUGGAGUUUGAGCAAAUCGAUACCUUAGAAAGCAUGGAAGCUUUUAAUGAAAAUCUACAAAACCCCGUGUUCCAGGAGCAAAUUUUCCACUGGCUUGACUGCAACAUAACGGACGACAAGAGUGAAAAUCGAAUGACGGAGGCAAUCGAUUUACUGUUUACGAAAAAGUUUAUGACAAAAUGCAGCUGGACUGGUGUUGGUAGAGGAAGCGAAAAGAUCGCUAUGAUGCGUAUGGUCAACAUUACGAAACUAUUUCGACGCAUCGGAACAUGCGACGAUGUGGUGAUGAAUCCACGGAUGGUGAUGCUAUUUUUCAUGAAGAAACUUAGAAACGCUGGCAGGAGAAGCGAGAUGAAGCAUCUGCGUAGAAGUACGACGCACUAUUUUAAAUCGAAUAAAACAAAGAGUGAGAACUAG